CAAACUGGCGGUAUUGUCGAGCGCGUGCAGGACUUUGUGUCCGAGAACAAGUGCGCCAUUAUCAUCGGCACUGCUGCCCUUGCCCUUGCUGCUGGGGGUGCUGCUGCUUAUUAUGCCUCAACGUCUUCACGGCCGAGGGGACCUGGGGAUGUAGAGAAGGCGGAGAAGAGGGAAAAGAAGAAGGCAAGUCACGGUAAAGGUAGUCAUGGGAAGAAGAAGAAAGGCGUGAAGGACCAGGACGGACCAAUAUUGGAGGAGAGGGUCCCUCCGCCGAAGGUUGAGGAGGUGUCAGAGGAGUCGUUGACGGCUGAGCAAAUCCUUGCUAUGCCAGAGGAGGAGCGCACAAAAAUGGCAGCGUCAUUAAAGACAAAAGGCAACACUGCCUACCAAAAUCGCAACUUUACGCAAGCGGCCGAUCUGUAUACUCGAGCUAUAGAGGUGUCGCCAAAACCCGAACCCGUUUUCUAUAGUAAUCGUGCGGCAUGCUACGUGAACAUGUCACCUCCAAAACACGACUUGGUCGUGCUAGACUGCGACGAGGCACUCAAACUUGAUGCCAACUACGUCAAGGCCCUCAACCGACGCGCGAUCGCUUUGGAAGGGCUUGAGCGGUACGAGGAGGCCGUCAGAGACUUCACUGCGGCCACUAUCCUUGACAAAUUCCAAAACCAGGCAACCGCCAGUGCCGUUGAGCGCGUCCUUAAAGCUCUUGCGGCGAAAAAGGCCGCUGAGAUUAUCGCUACCCGUGGGGCGCGGUUACCAUCCUUUACCUUUAUCUCCGCAUACUUCGCCGCCUUCCGACCUCGAGCUCAUCCCACACUUCCCGAAAACCCAUCAACAGGAGACAACACGCUUAUCCUCGCCCUCGAAGCCCUUGCUGCUGCUGACUAUCCACAUGCCGUGACGUUGAUCAACGAGUCGUUGGAGCAGGGUAUUUCAUGGGACGAGGGCAAAGCUGAGGCAUUGAACCUCCGUGGCACUUUCAAAUUCCUCGUAGGAGACGUGGAGGGCGCCAAAGUGGACCUUACAGAAUCCAUCAAACUCGUUCCUUCAUUUACACAGAGCAUUGUGAAGAUUGCCAGCGUGCACAUGGAGCAGGGAAAUCCUAAGUUGGCGUUCGAGUGCUUUGACGAUGCUAUCAAGCAGAACCCGAAUGAUCCUGAUAUCUAUUACCACCGGGGACAAGUUCUGUUCAUCAUGAACGAUUUCGCCAAUGCUGCUACGAAUUACACCAAGUCCACGGAAUUGGAUGAUCAAUUUGUGUUCAGCCACAUCCAGCUCGCUGUGGCGCAGUACAAGUCUGAUCAUCUUUCGAAUAGUAUGGCCACCUUUAGGAGGACAUUGGUAGCGUUCCCUCAACGGAGUGAGCCCCAAAAUUAUUACGGCGAGCUGUUGAUGGACCAACAACGAUUCGAGGACGCCGUGGAGAAGUUUGAUAAGGCGUUUGAGAUGGAAAAGCAAAAGGUCGGAACAAUCCCCAACGUCCUACCUUUAGUGAACAAAGGCCUCGCUCUGUACCAAUGGAAACAAGACAUCACUGCCGCCGAGAAAUGUUGUGAAGAAGCUCUCGAAAUCGAUCCUGAAUGCGAGGCCGCCGUGGCUACAUUUGCGCAACUCAGUUUGCAGCAGAGUAAGGUUGGGGAUGCAGUGAAGAUGUUCAGUAGGCAGGCAGAGCUGGCGAGGAGCGAGCCUGAGUUGGUCAGUGCGUUGACUUUCAAAUACGCGACGUUGUCACAGAUGGAGUUCUUGAAGAACUACCCAUCCAUGGCUGCGCAGCUUAACCAGAUGGCUAUGAGUAUGGCGUAGGCGGCUUGAGCUGCGUGGAUGCGAUUCCCCCAUUGCCGUUAUACUAUACUAUAUUCAGCCUUGCUUGCUUCUAGAGUUGGCUCAUCCGAUUAUUCUCGCUCCCGAGUUCAUGCUUUCGCACUUUUAAUACUUAUUCUUUGUAUUCUCCACUGCAGGUACUGAAUCUACAUCUCCAUUCACGCGAUACUGUCAUUCGUUUUGCGCCCCCAACCUCCAUUCUGGAGGAUACAUCAUUUGUAGAAGCUGUCCCCAUUCUGCUGGCGUGGUAGCCUGUGAUUUGUGAUAUUGGUCCCACCAGCUAUGAUCGUCUUCAUCCCAUGACGAUCACCGUUGUUGUUGGGGAUGGCCAAGAAUUAUUUG